GGCCGGAACCGGAGCGCCGCCGCCCCCUGCACAUGCGCGGUGCGGCGCCCGCCCGUAGGCCCGGGCCUCCCUUCAGCCCGGGCCCGGGACGCCCGGCCUCGGCGGCUGCCGCCCGACGAAAGACCAUGGGCAGGACGAUGUGCCCUACUUUGGAUACCCCUGCGUUGAAUGCCUGAGGAGCUCCGGCGGAUCCUGAGCCAUGUCGCAGAUGUUGCACAUAGAGAUUCCCAACUUUGGGAACACCGUGCUGGGCUGCCUGAACGAGCAGCGCCUGCUGGGGCUGUACUGCGAUGUCUCCAUCGUGGUGAAGGGCCAGGCCUUCAAGGCGCACCGUGCCGUGCUGGCUGCCAGCAGCCUCUACUUCCGAGACUUGUUCAGUGGGAACAGCAAAAACGCCUUUGAGCUGCCGGGGACGGUGCCCCCUGCUUGCUUCCAGCAGAUCCUCUCCUUUUGCUACACCGGCAAGCUCACCAUGGCGGCCAGCGAGCAGCUGGUGGUGAUGUACACGGCGGGCUUCCUGCAGAUCCAGCACAUCGUGGAGAAGGGGACAGACUUGAUGUUCAAGGUGAGCUCGCCCCACUGUGACUCUCAGACCGCCAUGAUCGAAGACCCCUCCUCAGAGCCGCAGAGCCCCUGCAACCAGCUGCAGUCGGCCUCGGCGCCCUACGUCAUGUCCCCCUCCAUGCCCAUCCCGCUCCUCACCCGCGUCAAGCACGAGAGCCUGGAGCUGCCGCCGGCCGCCGUGCCGGGCCUACCCGCCAAGCGGCCCCUGGAGCCGGGCGUGCGCGAUGGCCCCGCAGGAGCAGGCCCUGCUGCCGGCCCGCUGAAGCUGUCGCGUGUCUCCUACUACGGGGUGCCCAACCUGGCCUCCCUCCUGCCUACCGUGCAGCAGGUGCAGUACUCGCAGGGGGAGCGCACCAGCCCCGGCGCCAGCAGCAUUCCCACCACCGACAGCCCCACGUCCUACCACAACGAGGAGGAUGAGGAGGACGACGAGGCGUACGACACCAUGGUGGAGGAGCAGUACGGGCAGAUGUACAUCAAGUCCUCGGGAGGCUAUUCUGUUGCACAAGAAAAGCCGGAGCAGAUCCCGCUGGAGAACCGCUCCUGUGUCCUCAUCCGCCGGGAUCUGGUUGCCCUCCCAGCCAGUCUCAUCAGCCAGAUCGGGUACCGCUGCCACCCAAAGCUCUACUCCGAGGGGGACCCUGGGGAGAAGCUGGAGCUCGUCGCAGGCUCAGGUGUUUACAUCACACGGGGGCAGCUGAUGAAUUGCCACUUAUGUGCCGGUGUCAAACACAAAGUGCUCCUCAGACGUCUCCUGGCCACGUUCUUUGAUCGGAACACCCUUGCCAACAGCUGCGGUACCGGAAUCCGCUCCUCCACGAGCGACCCCAGCAGGAAGCCUCUGGACAGCAGAGUCCUGAACGCCGUGAAACUGUAUUGUCAGAAUUUUGCCCCAAGCUUUAAGGAAAGCGAGAUGAAUGUCAUAGCAGCUGAUAUGUGCACCAACGCCCGCCGGGUCCGCAAGCGUUGGCUCCCGAAGAUCAAAUCCAUGCUGCCUGAGGGGAUGGAGAUGUACCGCACCGUGAUGGGCUCCACCACAAACAGCGUCCCUCUGGAUCCCGAAUUCCAGCCCAGCUCCGCUCAGGUCUUUGAGCAGCAAAUCUAUGCAGAAAGGAGGAGCGAUUCAGGAACUAUAGUAGCAUUGAGAACUAACACAGUGAGCGUCGAUCUGAGCAAUGGAUCCAGCCAGUCCUUCGAACAGAGCGAGGAUGCCGAGGGCGCCGGCUCUGUCAUACAGGAGGCUGCUGCCACGGAUGCCAUGGCAUCGGAUACCCAAAGCACUCCCCAACCUUUUGAACAGGGCUCGGGCCCCUCCAGCCGGCCCGAAACUCCGGUGAGAAGACAGGAUGGCACUUACGGAGGGACUUUAUAGAGAGAGCAAACGUUUUGUGACCUAUAAGGGAUCUGUAAUACUAAAGCUGCUUGCAUGCAUUACUAAUACAAAACAAAAAUGUGAUCAAGCCACUUACCUACUGAACUGCUACUGUUGCCUGAAAAAAAUGUGAUUUUUAUUCUGCUUGUAUUUAAAAUUUAUGAAGGAAAUAAUCGCAUUCGUUAUACUGUAAACGAUAGGUCUGUGGCGACCUACUUAAAAAAAGAGAAAACUAUUGGGCUCCUUUUUUUGAUAUUCCUGAGGUUAGUCCAUGCGAUUGUAGCUUUUUUUUUCUUUUUUUUUCUUUUUUCUUUUUCUUUUUCUUUUUUCCUUUUCUUUUUUUUUUUUUUUUUAAGAAGGGGAGGAGAAAAGCUCGACACCCCCCCCAUCACCACCCAUCCAUUCCUCAGCUCAGAAGUAAAGCCAUCGCUCACCUGGUCCUCGGCAGCGAGUUGUGCGUCGUGGAGCGCUGGGGUUGUGGGCUGCUGGGGUGCGUGGCGCAGGGUGGGGGAAGCUGCUCCAUGCUUCUGUUGGUGGAAGGUCAGGGGGAUGCAGGAUGUGUGAUGAGGGAUGCAGGACGUGGCUGUUCCUUUUAGUGCCCCUCUCGGUGCCCCUGGGCGCUGGGUUGGUUCCUCUCCCCCUCCUGCUCUGAGCUGCUCCGCUGCGUUGGGUUCUCCUUGCCCCUGCGCCCGCUCCCUACGGCUGAAGUGGGUUGGGUGCACGAAGGCUGUUUUAUUUUUUGUUCUUUUUUUUUCCUUUUUUUAAAGCAAAGAGCUUUGUGGCCCUCUUUGGGCUUUGGCUCAUCCUGCUGGGAAGCCCUCACACCCGGCUGCCCAUCUCAGGCUGCUGUCCCCGGGCACAGCAGUGGAGCUGCCGUGGGUUCGGCUCAGCAGGAGGCGGUCAGCUCAGGGCAGGGGAUGGAUGUGUGCAGUGCUGGGGGUGGGGCAGCCCUGGCAUUGCUGAGGAUGGCUGCUUUUGCUUUUGUUUUUAAUUUUUACUGUGACAGAAGGGCCUGCGUUAAGGUACUUAGGGUGUGUUCUGCAACAGGUCCGGGUCUCUGGAUGAGUGCACCACAGGCGGUCCCUUUGGGCUCCCAGGGCCCUUUCUUUCUUUCCCAUUUUGGUUCCUGAAUCCAGGCAGCGCUUUGCUCAGGGUUUCUUUCCGUCUCUGUGUUGAAAUUCGGGAAGGGGAGGGGCGAGAGGCUGACCCAGCCUUUGGCCACGCGUUUUGUUUUCUUUGAUACUUGAAGCUGUUUUUUGGCACCGUGAUAUGAAGCUGUCCGGCGCUUGGCGCGUUCUGCUGUUCUUUGCCCUGAGACCAAGAAACGCCGGGCUCCUCCCUGCCCCCCACACUGGACAGCACACGGGGCAGCCCCUGCCCCAGCCCCAGUGGCGAUGGCUGUGACAUGGGGGGCACAGGACUGCCACUGCCCCGGCCCCAUUUGCACUUUACCCACAUCCACCAACACCCGCUCCUCCCGCCGCAUGGUGCUGCCCCAGCCCAGCACGGCGCUGUGAUUCGGGCUUCCCUUCCCACCCUCCCCAUGGAGCUGAGGGUCCCACAGCCCAGGGGUGCCCCGCUGACCUCCGAGGUCCCCCCCAGCGAUGCUGGCUGCCCAGUGAGGGGCUGAGCAUCCCCGCUCUGCACCUGUGGGGAGCACUGCGGGGCGUCCUCCUCCUCACCCCUUUGGAUGGGGCUGCGUGGGCUCCCUGCUGGCGUGAGGGGCCCCGAGCAAAGCGCUCCCAGACAGCACCAGGGACAGCAGCAGCAGUACUUGAAUGGCUUAGGGCAGAGAGUCUGAAGAGAGUCGAGUUGCACAGUGAAAAUAUAUAUUUUUAUACCUAGCACAACUUCCUGUAUAUUUUUGGGGUUCUUUCUUUCCUUUUCUUUUAUUGUUUUUUCCUUUUUUUUUUUUUUUUUGGUUCUUCUUCUUUCAUUUGGAUUCGUUUUAUUACUUCUUAUUACUAGGAAGGCAAACUUCUAAAAUGUGAAGGGCGUUGGGUUUCUCCUUAUCUGGUAGAUGAGGGCAAGCAUUUUGCACUAAUGUUUCCUGUGUGUGGAGGAUUAAUGAUAUGUUUGAAGAUGUUAUAUGGAUAAUGAUUGUAUUCUUCCGACAAACACAACCAAGUUACCCCUUUGAAAUACUGAAUGUAACGCGAGAACAGAGCAGUCCAUCGAUUGUAUGCGGCUUUCCUGAGUGCCUUAGAAUUUUUUGAUCUUUUUUGUUCCUUCUUCUUCUUUUUCUUUUUCUUUUUUCCCAAGGAAAACAGAUGGAGAGAAUCAGAUCAUAACCAACUCCUUCCUCCUCUUUGUUUACGACACUAUUUUAAAUUAUAGAAUUCGGGGCUGCUUUAUAAUGUGAAUAGGAAACUGCAUUCAUCUAGGUCUGAUAGUGUAAAAUCAGAGCAUCAGUAUUUAUGGUAUGUCUGCACCUUUAUUCCUAUGCUUGACUAUUAGCAAUAUUACAUGUAUAUUAUAUAUCUAAAGUUAUACCAAGCACCUUUAAAGAAAUCAGAGCGCGUGCUCCGUGCAGUCCCCAUAUCCCCAUACCCACAUCCUUACAUCCCCAUACCCCUGCAUCCCUAUAUCCUGACAUCCCUACAUCCCUAUAUCACCACAUCCCUACACCCCUAUAUUGCCAUACCUCCACCUCCCUGUAUCCUCAUAUCCCCACAUCUCCAUAUCUCCAUAUCCCCGCAUCCCCACAUCCCCAUAUCUCCUUAUCCCCACACCCCAUUUCCCAGCUCCCAGCAGAGGAGGGCUGUAGGACCCUCCUCCUCCCAUCCGUGUCCCAGCAGCAUUGGGUUGCCAUGCCCAUCUUGCUGUGGGGCGCACGUGGGCUGGUGGCCACACGGAGCCACCGGAGCAGGGACUGAUGCCUUUCCCGGUCGUUUUCCUGCUAAGCUUUUGUUGGGAUUGCUUAUAUUUACAGAAAUAACUUGCUGUGAGCGGAGAAGGGUGUAUGGCCCAUUAACCAACCGAAAACCCAGAGCCUCCGCCGGCUGUAAAUCCUGAACACAGCGCGGAGAGCUCACGGCCGUCUGGGGCUCCAACUGCUGUUUCGAAGUGUUCCUGCUGUAUAGAUGUGUCACGUUGUCAGCCCAGGGCUCGGGGCUGCCCCAAAGCCGGGGCUGUCGGAGCUCCGCGCACCGAGCGGGCACUGCCAUGAGUUUCUUCCACUGUUAUAGAAGCGUUUUGCACACGACGGUUGGUUUUUAUGUUUAAAAAAAAAAAAAAAAAGAAAGAAAGAAAGAAAAAGAAAUAAUAAUAAAAAAUAAUAAUAAAAAAAUAAUAAAUAUAUAUAUAUAUUAAAAAAAAACAAAAAACAAAAACAAAAACAAAAGCCAAACCUCGCAAUACUAUUUUUAGCAGACAGAAUAAAUAAGCGAACAAAUACGGAAUUAAAGGAACGAAUAACCGGGUGGAAAAACGACCCCGUCGGGGAGGUUCUGAGCCGUCCUUCGGGGCGGAGGGCGUCGGGUUGGGACGGAGCUUUGAGCCUUCGGGUGCUUUGGGGGAAGGCAAAGCGAAGGGCUGAGCGGUGCCGUUGUGUGGGAGCGGCUCCGGCGCUGUGCGCAGUACUGUGACUCCACGACUGUUAUCCCUCUGUGUGCUGUAGGAGCGCCCCGCAGCACCUCUGGGCUCUGCAUCUCAGCCACGGACGAUGCUCGCUUCGUUUUGUUUUUUACUUUGAUCGCGCAUUAUUCACUGGUAUUUAUGUGCUCUUUACUCUGUGUAGUUAUGACUGUUAUUUUGUAGCCACGGCUGAUGCCAUAUAGAGGUAACUAAAACGAGAAAUAAAAGGUUAAGGACACCCCCACCCCACCCCCCCGCCCCCCCCCAUUGGAACUGUGCUCACAGCUGUUUUCAGACGACGGAAAAUCCAUUUAGGAGGAACGAAUUCGCGGCCGGUGCGGCCAUUCAUUGUACGACGCUUUGUAAAGUUCACAUUUACAGAAUAAUAAAGGAGAUGAUGAUUGCA